AUGGAAGGCAAUAACGAGCGCCACUGUACCACUCCUGCGGACAUCGAGUCUUACAACAAGGACACUUGGGCAUGGCCUGGCUGCGGGCAGUUACUCCAAGGCGACUUUAUUUGCAUCGGCCCGGGUGAUCCUCCGAUGCCUGUCGCCUUGGCUGAUCACUUUUGUGGACCUCAAGUUCCGGGGAAGUGUAAGGCCGAAGACCAGCUCAAGACAAGUACAAAGCGCCACACCGGCGACAAGUCCAUCUCACUCUUCCACUCCAAUGACAACCAACACGAAGACGACGUCAACGAAUACCAGCACCACAAAAAAGUCCACCACAACCAGCAAAACGACGACCACAUCCACAACAACAACCACAAAGUUAUCAACCAGCGCAACCCCAUCAAUCAAACCAAACGACGUCUGGACAAUCUCUUUCUACAGCGAACAAGGCUGCGAAGAGUCGAAGGCCACAACGACACAACCGACAAAUGCAUCGCAGUCCAGGGCUGCCUCAGCACCACAUCCACAGACACCGGCACAUAG